AUGAGUUCGCUUGUGGAUCUUGUAAAGGGCUUGAAUGCCGCGUUUGUUAGUGGCGACAACAGGAGUUGCCAAAAGCUUCUAACGCCCAUAAAGAUCGAGUUGAUCAAGACGAAUCUACUGGUACCAGAUUUGGGCAAGGCACGGAGCAAUGAUGGCUAUUUGAAUGAUUUAGAAAGUGCACGGAGAAUACUAGAGAUCGGGGCACUUUGUAGUUUGAGAAACAGAGACUUUGAGUCAUUCCAGAACUUUUUUUCACAGCUAAGGGUAUAUUAUUUCAGCAACAUUCCAAAACUGGAAGAUUCAGAAAACAAGUCGAAGCUGAUCAGUCUUUACUUGCUGAUUUUACUGUCGCAAGGCGAUGUGACCAAGUUCCACUCGGAGCUAGAGUUCUUGGGCAAAAGACUGGAAAAUGUUGAAGAAGAUGCAUUUUUGUCAUAUCCUAUAAAAGUGGAAAAAUGGUUGAUGGAAGGCGCCUAUCAGAGGGCUUGGGACCUUUUGAAAGGUGAGUCCAAGAUCGAUGAGUUCAAUAUCUUCACACAGACGCUCAUGGACGCCAUCAGAGAGGAAAUUGGACGCAACACAGAACUGGCGUACAAGAGGCUACCUCUUUUUAACAUCAAAGCGUUACUGUUUUUCAAUAGCGAAAAGGACACAGAACAGUUCGCGCUCAGUAGGGGCUGGAAGGUCGUAUCUGGAAAUGUUAUUUUCGAUGAGGAGGAAGCUUUAGAAAAAGAGCAGCAUAUCACAAUCGUUGAGAAGACUCUAGAUUACGCCAUUAAUUUAGAGAGCAUUGUAUAG